GCAUUCAAAGGGCUCUGUCCAAGAAGACUGGCCAACUCAGCGCAAGAAACAAACGAGACAUGCGGUUUUGUGGAGUUUGGGUCUGGGUUUGGAUUUCUUUGCCGGUUAGGAAGUGGAGAUGGGCUUCUCUGUGACCAUGCAGAUUGGAGCUGCCCCCUUGGAGCCCGGGCCAGUAAGCCAUGAAGGAUCCACAGCCCAGAACCUUCUCCAUGGUGGCUGCCCGGGACUGUCCACAGCAAGGCUCGAGCUGAGCUGCGCUUGGCAAGGCCUCAUUGGGUGUAGGCAUGGGGGAGGAGCACCUUUUACUAAGAGCCUUUUGUCCCUGGGUUCUAUUUAAUUUGCGAGCUGGCCCCAAGAAGGUUUCCAUCCCCCCUCUACAUCUGGGCGGGGGCUGGGCCCUCGAGGGGGAUGGGGGACAGAGGGCCAGUGCCGCAGCGCGUUCAUCGCCGGGGUAACAGGAACUCAGCACCAGGGCGCAAGUUCGGUCUCGCGUUAGAGGGUGCCGGCAGGAAACCAGGCUCGCGAUGAACGGACAAUGGCCGAGCAACUUCGGAUCUGCGACCCAAGCCGUAACCUGGGCAACAGAGGCGGCCACGGGCUAGCUCGAGGAGUUUCCGGGUCGUCUCUGGCCGGCCAAGGGCCUCGGCUCCCAGCCGCGACGGCUUUAAGAAGAGAGGCGGGGUCUCCCAAGGCCGGAGUCCCGCGGCGGGCGGAGUCCACCAGGCCCCGCCUCUGGGGCCGCGCGGGCGCAUUGGCUGCACGGGGCGCGGGCGCUCGGUGGCACUUUGAACCAGGCGUGAAGCGGCUGGGACCGGAGUUACGGUGCUGACCGGGGUCGGGCCAGGUCGCUGCUGCCCUGGCCAUGGCCGAGGCACGCGCGUCUCGCUGGUACUUUGGGGGGCUGGCUUCCUGCGGGGCCGCCUGCUGCACGCACCCGCUAGACCUGCUCAAGGUGCAUCUGCAGACCCAACAGGAGGUGAAGCUGCGCAUGACUGGAAUGGCCCUGCGGGUGGUGCAAACCGACGGUGUCCUGGCGCUCUACAAUGGCCUGAGCGCCUCGCUGUGCAGGCAGAUGACCUACUCCCUGACUCGGUUCGCCAUCUACGAGACCAUGCGGGACUACAUGACCAAGGACUGCCAGGGGCCUCUCCCCUUCCACCACAAGGUGUUGCUGGGCGGCAUCAGCGGUUUGACUGGAGGCUUCGUGGGGACCCCAGCAGAUUUGGUCAAUGUCAGGAUGCAGAAUGACAUGAAGCUGCCCUUGAACCAGCGACGAAACUACUCUCAUGCCCUGGAUGGUCUGUACCGUGUAGCCCGGGAAGAAGGCCUGAAGAAGCUCUUCUCUGGAGCAACCAUGGCGUCCAGCCGCGGGGCCCUCGUCACGGUGGGCCAGCUGUCCUGCUAUGACCAGGCCAAGCAGCUGGUUCUCAGCACUGGGUACCUGUCUGACAACAUUUUCACUCACUUUGUCUCCAGUUUCAUUGCGGGCGGGUGUGCUACAUUUCUGUGCCAGCCCCUGGACGUGCUGAAGACCCGCCUGAUGAACUCCAAGGGCGAGUAUCAGGGAGUUUUCCACUGUGCGAUGGAGACAGCAAAGCUUGGACCACUGGCCUUUUACAAGGGCCUUUUUCCCGCCGGCAUCCGUCUCAUCCCCCACACCGUGCUCACCUUCAUGUUUCUGGAGCAGCUCCGAAAGCACUUUGGCAUCAAAGUGCCAACCUGAUAUCGCCAGGGACAGCUGGGCCAUGCGUGGUCACUGUGCUGAGCUUCCUGGAAGAAUGAGAAGACACCCCUCCUUCUUGGCCUGGGCCCGUGCUGUGUCCCCCAGCAGGCUUCCCACCCUUGGGCUGCCUCGGCCAGGGCUUACUUCAGCAUCCUUGGUCCCUUCCUGGGCCCCCUGCUGUGGCACCUCUGCCCUACUUGCUCCCAGGCUCUCUGCGUUGGGUUGUCUUCCCGCCCCAUGAGUAACUCAGGAGACCGGGUCUGGCCCAGGCUGCCGUCACUAUCCCCACCUCCCUGGCUGCUGCCCUGCCCAGCAAGCAGGGAGAGGCUGAGCACACUCUCCGCUCCUGCUGGCCGCACGCUGAGCCGUUUCCAGCCAGAAUCCGAGUGGCGUGGCAGGGUACAGACCAUGGCGGCUUCUGCCACGCAGACAGCUCGAGCACCCAGGCACGCAUGCACUGCUGUUGUGAGAGGGACCACCAUGUAGUGCUCUAGAGAUAGUGCCUUCAGGAGAGGCGAAGCCCGCAGCACAGAUCACCAGCAAAUGCUGCGACAGUGGGGUCCAGAGCUGGUGCCUGGGGUUCCCACGCGUGCCUCCUGCUUGCAGGGUCGGCUGCUUUAGUCCUCAUUUUCGCUGACCCCUCCCGCGCAGCAGCCAAGGCCAUCACCAGGAACUGGCUGUGUCCCUCACACAUCUGUGUCCUCCCUCUCCCGGCUUCCCCAGGGGUAGAGCUGAGGCCAUGGAUUGUAUGUGCUUUCCCGGGACUUGCCUCCCUGUGUGGCCGUGGUCACCCUCAUUAUCCCUCAGGCUUCAAAGCAGCCUGCUUUCCCUCAAUUGAGGUUGGGUGGCUCUACCCGAGUUUGGGCCUUGUGCCUGUUUGCCCCUCACAGUUUCCUCAGCACGAGGCCCUCGCCCAGGAGGUGGCAGUGGGCCCAGAGGCGGUGCCUGCUCUGCUCUUCGGGGUCUAAUAAACUGCGAGGCCUGGGAGACCAUGUCUUCCCUGCACGCUCCUCACCAGCUCUGAA